AGAAAAAAAACCACAAAUCGUCUGCAGGCUCAGUAUAAGCAAAGGCGUUGGUUUCUGCAUAAUAGGGAUGUCUUGUUGAACAAACUAUCCAAGAUGUUUAAGGCAUUAUAUGACUACAAUUCGAGCAACUCAAAGUAUUUGAGCUUCAAGACGGGCGAUCAAUUUACGAUUAUAAAUUCAAGUCAUGUCGAUUGGUUUCUUGCUCAAAACGGAUUUGGAGAAGUUGGUUACAUUCCAAGAAACUACAUUACACACGAAGAUGUUGCUUUUUCGGAGGUCCUGGAAUCUAUAGAUAGAGCAAUACAAGCUAUUCACUACCAGACUAGUGCAGACAAGUGUACAAAUUCUGCACAUCUCCGACAGAAUCUCCAAAAGCUAACCCAGCAUAGACAAGCUGUAGUAGAGGAAUACAGCAAGAGAUCAGCUCCGACAAGUCAGAUUACCCACAACACGAGACAGGAGACCAGUGAGAUCAAUAGUCAGAACAAGUCAACUCGAACAUCAUCUCAAAAAACCUUCCAGUCCAAUGGCGAUGGAUCAGAUCCUUCCUCUCCUACUUCAAGUACAGACAAGAGAUCUUCUGUACGACGGAAGGCGCCCUCCCCACCACGCCUUUCAGUCACUGGAAACACACCUACAGGGGCCCAGCCAGGAGAAAUCAAAGCUUCAGAAUGCCAUUCAGAGGAAAUCACAACUACAGGAGCCCAACCAGGGGAAAGUACAACAUCUGAUGUCAGUUCUUAUAUUCCAGAAGGUUCAAAAGAGGGUAUCCUGAGUCCUGGGUCUGUUGCUGAACAGGGCACCAGUGACAAUUUAGGCUGUAGUGAGGCUGGUGUGGCAUCAGUUCAGGGUAGUCUGACCACUAGUAUCAGCUGUCUGACAGUUGACACUUCUCCUUCUUCACCCAGCAGACAAGUGCUCUCGCCAAGCAAAGGUCAGAGGUCAUUUCCAAACAGUCCAAGUCGCCAGUUUGAUUCUCCUUCUGUUAUUAAUGUAUCUAGUGUACCAAUCCCGUCCCAUCUUGGCGCGGGUCUAGCAGAGGAGGUGAGGCGCCACACAGGUCUAAGUCAUGACAAGUCCUGUCUGGCUGUGGAGGUGGUACUAAGUCAUGUGGGCAGUAUGAUUCCUCAAGUGGCCUUACUCAUGGAAAAGGUCCUCUUCACUUUCACAGAGAAUAGCGACAUGUCUGAUGAAGACUCUGGCCAUGAUUCCAUGCGCCUUCAGUACUUGUUCACAGAGUUGGUGGCCUGUAAAGAUGACUCCCAGCAGAGGAGCUGGGCUCUACAUCAGGAUCAACAGAUCAUACAGGGCUACCUAGAGGAACUGCUAUCUAUACUUGAAAAUGCCAAAGCCUCUGUAUGCAAAAGAGCUAUUGCCAAAGAUUCAUAUGAAGUUUUACAUAACCUAGUGCAAUAUUUCCAAAUGGAAACACGUAUAAGCCUACGACUGAGUUUGCUACAAGUAUUUGGAGCCCUUUGUAGUCUGGAAGAUGUGAUUGUGUCUCAUCUUCUGUAUUCGGUUUUACCUUUGGAGCUGGUCAGCGACCUCCGUAACAAUCAUUCAGAUGUACGCCGCCUUAACUAUGUAGCACUGGUACUGACUAUGGUGGUUUGUACAGGAGAGUCAUUCCCGGUCAGUUUAGAGGAUCAUGUAAAUGCUGAGUUUAUAGAUUUUGUGUUUAACCUAUUGGAGGAGCCGCCGACACCAGACCAUGCAGACCAGACCGCUGACUCUCUGGUGAACCUAAUUCUGGCUCCAAACCUUCACUAUCACGACCUCUCAAUUAACACCAUCAUGUCUGUCAUACAGGGCAAGGCCUCUCUACAGACCUUCACAGAGAAAGUUCUUGUACUCUUUAAUCGUAGAGAUGACCCGGUGAAGAUGUUUGACCACCAGGUGACCAGUGUCCACUCUGUGAUCAAAUUCUUGACAGAUGUCUUCAGUAGUACUGCUACAGCUAACCUUCUGUAUACAAAUGAUGCCAAGGUACUAGUGGACAUCCUUAUACGCCAGCUGACUGACCUACAGCCAGGUGACCAGGUGCGGUCAUCCAUGCUUACGCUAGUGGAGUUGGUGGUGACAAAUUCUGAAUACAGCGACCACAAACAUCGCCAGGAGGAGCUGCUGAAAUGUUUAAAUCACAUAAAGGUGGAGGAGGCAGAUACAGAAACAGACAAGGGGGUUACCAAACGAAUCAUUCAUAUAUUACAGGAGUUAUGAUUGGUGGUUUGACAGGAAGUGGAACCUUGUCUAGGUGUUCAGGACAUGUCACAAACAACCCUGAUGAAAAUUUCACCUUCAGGGCACUUACAUGUUCUAUGAUGAAAUAUACAGGUCAUGUGUUUGGUGGAAAUAAGAAGCCCAAUGAUUGGUGGAAAUGAUAAGUCAUGCAAUUUGUGGAACUACUAAGUCUAGUGAUUGGUCGAAUUAAAAAGGUCCUGUGAUUAACUUGACAAGAUUUUAUACUUUAUAUACACUAUACUUUAUAUACAACUUCUGUUUUUAUCUUAAACGUUGUAUCUGGUUUUCAUAUACAGACUAAGUGACACAUCUACAAAUUAUGAUCUAUGAAAUAUGAGCCAGCAGAAAACAAUAGUUUGACUAGGUUGUGAUAUAUACAACAGUCUGAUUUUCUGCCAUACCUAAAUAAACAUUAGUUUUGUUUGUUUGACUAAGGAUAGACAGUGCAAUAUUGGUAUAAAGGACGAUGAGAGGUUGUAUCUGACAAUACUCUCUCAUUCUGUGGGAUCAAUGUUCCUAGCUCAUGGCUGGCUGAAGAGGCUGUAUGUCAUGGUACAGUAUUCAUUGUUUGUCUGACAUUAUGAUACUCUUUGCCAUUUAUGGAAGAACAGUACUACUACUGUGGUGGUCAUAUAUGAUACUACCCGAGACAACUGAAGUUAACCCUACAUUUAGUGUCAUCAUACUACCAACUUCAUUUCUUCAAUGACUUUUUCACAACUUUCAUGGUACCACAGUAAGCUAAACCUCCCUGUAAACAAAUUAGAUUCAGUGUCAUUGCUAUUGGUACUUCAUUCUUAAUUGAUUAUGAUUAGAUUUCAUUCUUAAUUGAUUAUGAUUAGAUUUAAAUUUCCAGUAUCAGAAUACGUUGCAUCAUUUCUUAUUGCAGGGUCCAAGGACAUUGCAAAGGUAUAGCCAUUUAUAUUAACUACGGUAAAUACUCAACUUUUUAAUUAUCAACACUGUAGCGACUUCAUUUCAGAUAAUUUCAGUCAGUUUUUAGAUGUCAGAUUUUGAUUGAAAUCAUUUGAUUAUUUCAAGGUGCUAACAGUCAAAGUGACAUUUACUAUUUAUAGAAAAUCCUCAAAUAAUCUGAUUCCAGUAAGUCCGAGAGUAGUUCUAGUCUCUAAAAGCUGAACAUGUUUUAUGAAUUAUGAUGGGACGCAUCCCAAAGGAGAUUGGAUUGAAUUAUGUAUAAAUACAUUGUGUACAUAUAUGUACAUGUAAACAUAUACAAUAAGGUGAGGCAAUGCUUCUCUUCUGAUAAUGUCUUCCUAAGAUCUAGUCAUCGUCUUCUUCCUGAUUUUAUUUUGUUUAAAUGAUUUAUUGAUGUGUACUCAUCCUAGCUCUAUUAAACACCAACUUGACACCUACUAUUUAAUCUCAGUCUGUUCGCCAGGCAACAAGCUUGACAUGAGUGCUUUCACAAAGUCUUCAUAAACCAUCUGCAUUUGUACAUAUAUAUUCAAAACUGUAAAUGAUUUACUCUUAGUCUUGGCAUUCAAGACAGUGACAAAUGGUGCUUGACACAUGUAUGGGAUGAUUGAAGUGACAACUUCAUCAUUUGUAAAAAAAAAAAAAAAAAUCUUUAUGAUUUUUGGCCUUAAACAGUGUUUCUUCUAUACAGGAGAUUUUCUGUUGGGAGAAAGAAAGUGUACCUAACUGCAUUUGCUUUAAUCAUUUAAGACCCUUUCACAUAAACUGCAUUAUUAUAAUCUAUGAUAUUUUUACAUAUAAUCAUGUAUAAAAAAAUCAGUAUGUUGUUUGGUGAAUGAUGGAUGUAUUUACAGGAAGUCUGAUUGGUCAUUUUACAUGAUGGAUGUGUUAACAGGAAAUCUGAUUGGCCUUUGCAUGAUGGAUAUAUUUACAAGAAGUAUGAUUGGCCAUUGCAUGAUGGAUGUAUUUACAGGAAGUCUGAUUGGCCAUUGCAUGAUGGAUGAAUUAACAGGAAGUCUGAUUGGUCAUUGCAUGAUGGAUGUAUUUACAGGAAGUCUGGUUGGCCAUUGCAUGAUGGAUGUAUUUACAAGAAGUCUGGUUGGCCAUUGCAUGAUGGAUAUAUUAACAGGAAGUCUGAUUGGCCAUUGCAUGAUGGAUAUAUUUACAGGAAGUCUGAUUGGUCAUUGCAUGAUGGAUGUAUUAACAGGAAGUCUGAUUGGUCAUUUUACAUGAUGGAUGUAUUAACAGGAAGUCUGAUUGGUCAUUUUACAUGAUGGAUGUAUUAACAGGAAGUCUGAUUGGUCAUUUUACAUGAUGGAUGUAUUUACAGGAAGUAUGAUUGGCCAUUACAUGAUGGAUGUAUUUACAGGAAGUCUGAUUGGCCAUUGCAUGAUGGAUAUAUUAACAGGAAGUCUGAUUGGUCAUUUUACAUGAUGGAUGUAUUAACAGGAAGUCUGAUUGGCCAUUACAUGAUGGAUGUAUUUACAGGAAGUAUGAUUGGCCAUUACAUGAUGGAUGUAUUUACAGGAAAUCUGAUUGGCCAUUGCAUGAUGGAUAUAUUUACAGGAAGUCUGAUUGGUCAUUACAUGAUGGAUGUAUUUACAGGAAGUCUGAUUGGCCAUUGCAUGAUGGAUGUAUUUACAGGUAGUCUGAUUGGCCAUUGCAUGAUGGAUGUAUUUACAGGAAAUCUGAUUGGCUAUUGCAUGAUGGAUGUAUUUACAAGAAGUCUGAUUGGCCAUUGCAUGAUGGAUAUAUUUACAGGAGUCUGAUUGGCCAUUGCAUGAUGGAGGUAUUUACAGGAAAUCUGAUUGGCUAUUGCAUGAUGGAUGUUUUUACAAGAAGUCUGAUUGGCCAUUGCAUGAUGGAUAUAUUUACAGGAAGUCUGAUUGGCCAUUACAUGAUGGAUAUAUUAACAAGAAGUAUGAUUGGCCAUUACAUGAUGGAUAUAUUUACAAGAAGUAUGAUUGGCCAUGAUGGAUGUGUUAACUGGAAGUUUAUUGGUGUAUGCUGUAUAUACAUCCAUAUUCUAUCCAUGAAUGGAUGUCGAAUAAAUACAGCUUUUGAUUUGUGCAAUUAUAUUGUACAUGCUGUAUUUGGAAUAGGUAUAAGGAAUAGCUUCUUUACUUUAUAUUGUUGAUCCAAUAUACAUAGUUAUAUCAGUCAAAUUAUGCUUAUUUGUCAUAUCUUAUAUCCAAGAUUAUAUUAUGGACUUCUCUUUUGACAACCCUUUGAAUUUUCUUUUUAAUUAGGCACCAUUAAAACGUCAAUAUAAAUCGGAAUACAUAUAUAUGUGUGAUGUAUCACACAUUAUAAAGAUAGAUAACUCUUGUAUUACAAAUACAUAACCGGAAACAAAAACUGGACAACAGAAAUGUAUUAUAUACUUUUAAACUAAGCUAAUUAAAACAUUAUCUAAAGAGUUUGAUAGUCUAUGCCUUGACAGGGGUUAGGAGCCAGAAUUUUAUACAAGUUUAAUUAAAUAUAAAUGUUUAUACAAUUUCCUGUAUAGGGAAAGACUGGUUAACAUACCCAUUUUAUUGUUCUGUACAAAAUAAAACAUAAUUUAAUACAUAA